AUGGUGACUGCUGCUAUGAUUGCCCAAUAUUUUGAAGCAACUAUCAAGGAUCACCCUAAGAUGAAGCUGAGGGAAAUUCAAAGAAGAUGUGUUUCUGAUAUGCAUGUAAAUGUGACAAUUGACUGUUGUUAUAGAGCGAGGAAAAUAGUGAAAGAGAAAACGGUUGGGAAUCCUAAGGAGGAAUUUGGCUUGCUAUGGGACUAUGCUCAUGAGUUAAGGUCAAAGGGCGUUGAGAUUGCAAUUUCUGACAUACUACCAAAGGUGGAGCAUAGGAAUUGUGCGAGGCACGUGUUUGCAAAUUGGUCAGGGAGGAAGUUAGGGAAAUCUUAUGAGUGUGAUUUCUGGCAGAUUGUGAAGUGCACGACUAAGAGGGAGUGGGAGGAUCUAUGUUCAGCACUAGAGAAGAAAGAUAAGGAUGCUUACGAUAAUUUGAUGAAAAAGUCUCCAAAGAUGUGGACUAGGGCAUUUUUGAGGACUACUUGUAAAUCAGAUAUAGUUGACAACAAUUUGUGUGAAACAUUCAAUUCAAGCAUUGUUGAAGCUAGGUUCAAAAGCAUUAUCAGAAUGCUUGAGGAUAUUAGGACCAAGAUGAUGACUGUGAUAGUACAAAAAACGAAGUUAUGUAAUGGAUGGAAGGAAAAUUAUGGUCCAUUGGUGAAAGCUAAGUUUGAUGCCAACAAGAAGGACUAUGUAGGGUGGCAACUGAUAUGUAAUGGUGAAAAUGGAUGUGAGUUGAGGAAAGAAAGUUAUCAGUAUAUAGUGGACCUAAGUCAAAGGAUAUGUAGUUGUAGAAGUUUGCAAAUUAGUGGGAUUCUAUGUUCCCAUGCAUAUGCUGCCAUAUAUCACUUAGGGUUUCAACCAGAUGAAUAUCUGCAUGAAUAUUAUCACAUUGAUACCUACAAAAAAGCUUACUCUUUUCCAAUACAGUCUAUAUAUGGGCCACAUGAUUGGGAAAAAACUGGUAUUCAGCCAGUGCUACCUCCUAUUGAAAGGAAUAUGCCUGGAAGGGCCAAAAAGAAUAGGAGGAUGACCAAAGAUGAACUAAAAAAAUUGAAGCAUGGCCACUUGAGUAGGAAAGGUCUACUCAUGACAUGUACUUAA